AUGCUGUUGAGAAGGAGUGUUCCACUAACCCCGUCGAUUCUAAUUCUGAUUGAGGCGAGAAUAGGCCACAUGCCUCCACCCAAGGAAAGUUGGCGAAACAACCUAACUUAUGCCACUCGAUUGUGGCAACGCAAUCGGCCACUUCUUCGUUUGUUGCUCCAGAAGCUCAACUUCCCAUGUUUGAGACAAAAGUUGGAGCAUAUUAUGAACUCCGAGCAUGAGAUCGGGAGGACUUAUGUUGGACCCAAGUUUGUCUCGGCCGGUUCGACGACCACUAAGGUUGAGCUCCAACACUUCUUCACCAUUAAUUCAGAACCUCCUUUGAGCCAUCCUUCUGAGGCGGUCCCCGAAGACCCAAUUCCUCAGGCAAAUAUGGUAGAUCCUCAUGCUACCCUGGUCGACCAAGCAACUGUCAUCAACAAUGUGUAUGAGCUAACUUCCACCAUUCCCCUUAAUGGAGAAACAAAACUUGAGCCUAUCCUUCUGUUGACAUUAGAAGCUCUCAUAAGACCCUUAGCAAGUGGCAUAGGCCAUGACGUGGUUUUGAUGUUCUGCACCAUGCUAAAGCAAGCCAAAGGUGCAUAUGAGAAGCAUAACAAUGUUAGAACAACGCAGAUUUACAAGCAGUGA